UAUAGAUCAAUUUAAAUGGCGUCACAAUACCAGCCUCAAUAAAUGUGCAGUAUAAAAACUCCCAUAGCUAGUGCAAUAGGCGUCACAGCCCAGCGAAGGGUCUAAGAGUGCUCACGGGAUAAAUAAUUAACAACCUACAAUGAAAAUACUGAUCAUAGUAGUGGUGGCAUGUGUGGCGGUCACUUGGGCGCGUCCGGAAUCGACCUAUACUGAUAAAUGGGAUAACAUAAACGUCGAUGAGAUCCUCGAGUCCACCCGACUCAUGAAAGGUUACGUCGACUGUCUCCUUGAAAGAGGUCGUUGCACUCCAGACGGUAAAGCCUUAAAGGAAACUCUUCCUGAUGCUCUUGAACAUGAGUGUGUUAAGUGUACUGGGAAACAGAAGUCGGGAGCUGACAAAGUCAUUAGACAUUUGGUAAAUAAACGGCCGGACUUAUGGAAGGAGUUGGCUGUUAAAUAUGAUCCCGACAACAUCUACCAAGCGAGAUACAAAGACAAAAUCGAUGCUGUCAAAGGCUCCGCUUAGAACGAAGCUUAGAUGCACAUUUUGGCACGUGGAUUGGAUUAAAACUGCAGCUUUAAUGACAUAGUAUUAGUAACAAAAGCUUUAAUUGGAUUUUCUUUAAUAAAACAUUUUUCAACUAU